UCAGCUGUUUGCGGCAUGAGGUUACGUCUUCUCUGAUUACGAAAAGUGUUCAAAAUUAGUUUUAAACCUCUUCUGAAUUAAAAAGAAAUAUAAAAUGUCGAACAGCCACUUGUUUUUGAAGUCUGGCUUCCCCCGAGCUCCCCUUCAGAAUGGACUGGGACGUUAUGUUUGCCAGCUGCAGAGGAUUACAUUGAAGUUCUGCAAGAAUAAUGGAUCCAGCAGAGGAAUGCGUGACUUCAUUGAGAACCACUUGGUGGACUUUGCCAAGGAGAAUCCCGGUAUUGUGGUAUACGUGAAGCCAAGACGUCAUCGAACGCCAGUUUUGGUGGGAGAGUAUUUGAACGGCGAACGAGAAUGGCUGAGCUGCAGGAACAACACCCAAGAGGAGAUCUCCAAGUGGAUCGACCUUCUAAAGACACAAAACGGCAGCUCAAGUUCCCUGCGUCUUCGCAAAAUGUGGCACACAGACGUGCCCUCUAUCCAGGGUCCAUGGACUCCGUUCCUCCUGCGUUCUCCAGAAGCCCAAGCCCAGGUGUAUCCCAGUGAAGAGGCAUCCAAGCCACUUGAUACCCCUCAAACCGCCACCGAGAAGCUUAUCGAACUUUUCCGACAGCAAAAACUGGAAGCUGGCGAGGAAGGCCACGAUGUUCUCAGCAAAAAGCGGGCUGAGUGAUUAAAUUUAAGACUUUUUGGUAAUUGUUGCUUUUAUUUUUAUAGUCAACAUAGUUUUGUUGGUAAACAAAUAAAUAUUUAAAAUCUA